AUGGCAUUCCCCAUUGAAGUUGAAGAUAAUCGCUAUCAACUCUUUGAUGUCUUCUUUUUUAGUGACCAAAUCUUAACGACGGUGACUUGUAAUCCUGACGUUGUAACGAAUUGGAUCAAUGGAAUUGAGUAUGUCCAUCGAAGACGUCUCAAUCGACUCAUAGUAGGGCUUGAUAUAGAGUGGAGGCCUACUUUCAAUAGAUACCAACACAACCCUGUUGCAACUCUACAACUUUGUGUUGGUCGUCGUUGCCUUAUCUUUCAACUACUUUAUUGUGAAUAUAUACCUGAUUCCUUAACGGAGUUUUUGUUGAAUCCUUGUUAUGCUUUUGUUGGCGUGGGAAUUGCAAACGAUGUUGAGAAAUUGGAAGAGGAUUAUUCGUUACGUGUGGAGAAUACAGUUGAUUUGAGGGAUUUGGCAGAUUAUAAUUUGAGGAAUGCUGGAUUGAAGACGCUUUGUCAAGUUGUUUUAGGAAGAGAGAUGGAAAAACCGAGGCAUGUUACUAUUGGGAGGUGGGAUAAUGAGUGGCUCGAUUCCGAUCAAGUGCAAUAUGCUUGUGUUGAUGCUUUUGUUUCGUUUGAGAUCGGAAGGUGCAUGAAUGCUACGCCCUAUUGA